ACCUGAGCGGCUCGCGGUCGCAUUUAUAAGUAUCCUGCGAACGAAUAUCCGGCCCCGGCUUGACUUCACUCCUCCUCGACAGUUAUUAGGGAUAUCUGUUAUUGUAUACAGCCGACCAUCCUUCUGACGUAUCAUCACAAUGAGUAAAGUUGAGACUCUUACGUUUGGCUCCAUAGUCGGGUUAUUCACCCUCAGGGGUGGAUACCUGAUUGCAUAUUCAUGGCUCUUUGGAAUGUCAUUAUGGGUGACAUUCAUCGGAGGAGUUAUUGCAUUCAAGGCUCUGCCCAGACAGCAGUUCGGUGCACUUCAACAUCGCACCUUCCCCAUCUACUUCGCACUUUCCAUCAGUCUUUCUUCUCUCCUAUUGGGACUCUGGACUAAGGGUCACCCCUCGGUGCUUGAGCACCUGAAGAACCCUCAAGUUGCUGAUGUAACCCAAGCAUAUGCAUUGGCUGCUGUUAUUUUGUCCCAGGCGGCCAACCAAUUCAUCGUUGGACCAUUGACUAGCAAGACCAUGUUCCAGCGACACAAGCUGGAAAAGGCUGAGGGAAAGAGCUACAAUGAAUCCGGUGUAUCUGCAGAGAUGAAGGCUGUCAAUGCGAAGUUUGCCAAACUUCACGGGAUCAGCUCUCUCGCCAAUCUGACCUCCUUCAUUGCACUUGCAUUCCACGGUUUAUGGAUUGGCAACAAAGGUCUUGGUAAUCUCUAGUUUGUUUGUAGAGAUAUGAACGUAUCUGUAACCCAUUUGGACGGUGUAUAUAGCGGAUCACUAUGCGAAGAGAAUAGAAUUACGGUCAGAUGAAGCAAAGAAGUACAGCAAUAAUAC